UGCACCAACUCUAGCCAUUUUUUGGGUUCCCCCUCGCACUUCUAGUUACACAAUAGUCAUGGAUGGCAUACCCUCUGAAAUGAAGGCAUGUGUUUAUUCCGAGUAUGGAAAUGUUCUGAAACUUGAUCCAGCUUUGCCUCUCCCUCAAGUUAAGGAUGACCAGGUGUUGAUCAAAGUUGUUGCUGCCGCCCUUAACCCCGUUGAUUUUAAGAGAAUGCUUGGGUAUUUUAAAGCCACUGAUUCUUCUCCCCCAACUGUUCCAGGGUAUGAUGUUGCUGGAGUGGUGGUGAAGGUGGGAAGCCUAGUGAAGAAAUUCAAAGAAGGGGAUGAAGCGUAUGGGGAUAUAAAUGAGAAAGCUUUAGAAAACCCAAAAAGGUAUGGGACUUUGGCGGAGUACACUGCAGCGGAGGAAGGAUUAUUGGCCCUUAAACCCAAGAAUCUGAGCUUUGUGGAAGCAGCCAGCCUUCCCGUCGCCCUUGAGACUGCCUAUGAAGGGCUUCAGCGAUGUGGGUUCUCUGCAGCUCAAUCCAUUCUCGUUUUGGGAGGUGCUGGUGGCGUUGGAACCCAUGUCAUUCAGCUAGCAAAGCAUGUUUAUGGAGCAUCCAAAGUGGCAGCCACCGCCAGCACUGGAAAACUGGACUUGCUGAGGAGUUUGGGCGCCGAUCUGGCCAUUGAUUACACCAAGCAAAACUUCGAAGACCUCCCAGAGAAAUUUGAUGUUGUCUAUGAUGCAGUUGGGCAAAUUGAGAGGGUAGUGAAGGCCGUGAAAGCAGGCGGGAAAGUCGUGGGAAUCGUGGGAAGUCAAGAGGCUCAACCGCCGCCGCCGGCGUUCGUUUUCGUGCUCACCUCGGACGGAGGCAUCUUGGAGAAACUGAGGCCUUACUUGGAAAGUGGGAAGGUGAAGCCGGUGAUUGACACCAAAAGCCCAUUCCCAUUCUCUAAGGCUGCUGAGGCACUCUCCUAUCUUCAAACCUCCAGGGCUACCGGAAAAGUGGUUGUGUAUCCAAUCCCUUAAUAUGUUGUAUCAUGUGCGUGUAUGCAUACAGCUUGUAAUAACAAGAAUAAGCGGAUCAUGAUGAAGCAUAUAUAAUAAGAUGAUAUGAAAUUUUAACUA